AUGUCGAAAGUCAGCAUCUUCUUUACUGGAGGAACGGGUUACAUUGGGGGCACCUUUCUGUCACGUCUUAUCGAGCACAAAGACGCAAAGAAUUUCGACAUCACAAUUCUUCUUCGUCCAACCAGAUAUCCCGCUGGAUACGAGGCCUUGGGAUUGAAAACUGUCUCGGGAAGCGACUCCGAUUUCGGGCUUUUGAGGGCACAAGCAGCGGCGGCAGACGUUAUUUUCGCCACUGCAGACUGCGACGACCUUCCUGCCGCCCAGGCAAUUCUACAAGGUGCAAAAGAUCGCUACGAAAAGACAGGGAAAGCCCCCAUCCUCAUCCAUACCUCUGGAACUGGUGAACUCGCUGACAACGCACAAGGCCUGCACGGCACCGAUGUCGUUUAUUCGGACCUCAAUGUUUCUCUCUAUGAAGCCCUUCCCCCAACCCAGCCUCACCGGAAUGUCGACCUCGCUGUUCUCGCUGCGGACAAGGAAGGCUAUGUAAAAUCAUACAUCGUUCUGCCCCCAACUAUCUAUGGACAUGGUCUUCAGCGCCCACUCGUUGACCAAAUCCGUCGACUUGUUGAGGCUAGCAUUGCUAGGAAGCAAGGUGGUGUGUACGGCAAAGGCAAGAAUAUUUGGCCCAAUGUUGAUGUGAACGAAAUGGCCGAUCUGUACUUGAUUAUCUUCGAUCUUGCUGUCUCACCCUCCUCUCCACCUCCUGACUUCCAACAUGGUCGGUUUGGCAUUUACUUUACUGUCAGUGACGAGCACCAGUUAUACGAUCUCUCCAAGGCCGUAGCUGAAGGCCUCGCUUGCCGAGGUAUUGGAUCUCCCGAGCCCACACCUUUCAGCAAGACCGAAGCAGAAGCUUUGCGGCGCGUGGUGGACACCAACUCGCGAGUGGACUUUGAGAAAAGCAGAGGCAAAGCCUUAGGAUGGAAACCGACCAAGGGGACGAAGGAUAUGUUGGCCUUUGUCGAGGUUGAAAUCGACCGACAACUGAAGAAGGAUUAG